AUGAUUCCUUGGCUUCACUUCACAAGCGGCGAUAAGUUGCUCUUCGAGGCUUGGCAGCCCUCCUCGAAGGGGGCUAUCGCUGGCGCUUGUAUUGGUCUACUCCUCUUCGCCAUAUUUGAACGAUGGGUAAACGGAAUGCGAGGGGUGUUGGAGGCCCAGUGGAAGAAACAGUGCUGCCACUCUUCCGAUCCCUCCUUCCAAAACCCCUCCAACUCCCCUGAUUCGAAGUCGGCGAUGUUGGAUGGCGUGGAAGAGGUGGAGGUCAACCCCCUGGCAACCAAGGCUGCCCGCCGUCCCCAACGGUCCUCUCGAAUGAUCCCACCCUUCAUUCCUUCUCACGACGUCCCACGCGGUGCGCUGUUCGCGUUCCAGGCUCUGCUCUUUUAUGUCCUGAUGCUGGCGGUCAUGACCUUCCAAGCGGGAUAUCUCAUUUCGAUCGUUGUCGGGUUAGCGAUUGGGGAGGUACUCUUCGGGCGCUUUGGUUCUAGGAGCCACCCUGGUCAUCAUUAG